AUGGAAGAAAAAGACAACGACGACAACGACAACGUCAAAGUAAACGCGAUGCUUUUACGCGCGAUGAAACAUCUCGAAUCGAACAGAAACGACGGCGUGGAUGUCCAAACGAUGAUGAUCGAAACGACGACGACUUUGAACGCGAAAAGAGGAGCAAAUCAUCGUCUGCGGGAAAGGAAAGGCACUGCUGUUGAUUCGUCCUCGUAUUCUGCGUUCGCGUCUCAGAGCGCAUCGAAGAAGACGAGCACGAAAUCUCUCUCAAAAGUGACCUUGAACGAGUUGAAGCAAAGAGCGAGAAACGCGAGGGAAGGAUACGCGUUGAGCGAAAAAGCAAUCCUCGCGGGAGGCGAUCGAGAGACUAAGUUCGGGUAUUGCUUGAUGUAUUUGAACGCGAUACAGAAAUCGGUGAACGAGAUGUGCUUGGGAGGGGUAGAUUUUGAGGAUGCGCGGCGGCGUCGGCGGCGGUAUCCGUGGGAAGCGUUCGACGAGCCGGACGAGGAGGACGAUUUGGAGAAGAAGAGAGUAAAGCGGAAGAAACAAAACGAGGAACGAGAGAGAGAGAAGAAGUUAAAGAAGAAGAAGGAGGAGACUACAUUGAAUGGUAAGGAAGCGCGAGGAGGAGGAGUGAUGAUGAAAGUAGUAGAAGAAGAAGAAGACGCGAAGGCGUUGGCGCCGUUGACGACGAUGGCAAACGCGAAAUCUCCGAGAAAGAGAGGCGCAGAAGGAGGAGAAGAAAACGUCGUCGUCGACGAGGAGAGGACGACGACGAACAAGAAACCAUCGACGAUGGCGGUUAAAAGCAUCAAACCGGGACGGUACCCGGGCGAAUACUGUCAACUCUGCGGCGAACACGAGCACAUGGUCCACGUGAAGUACGAGAGCCAAGUUUUAGGGGAAGGUAAGUUGGUGUGUUACGGUUGCCUCGUUAAGGAGAAGAAAGAGUUGGAGAAGAAGCAGAGAGAGUUGACGAGCGCAAAGGAGAGACAAAAACGGAAAGAAUUGACGAAAGCGGCGAGGAGGAAAAGAGAUGAAACGAUCACGGUAACGAGUCCGACGACGACUCCGAAUACUACUACUACGCAUUCAUACUCCUCGCCGGUAUCGGGGGCGCCGAACGCCGUCGCGCUCCCGCAGCAGCAACAAUCAUCGUCGUCGCCAAUUUCCGAAGCCGACGUUCUCGUCGUCGACGGCGAUACGGUUACCCCCACCGCUACUGCGCGUACUACAGAUGUUGCUCUUCAUACCGCGGAAAAAAUUGAAGCCAUUCACGAUAUUUCCAUCGUUUGCGACCGGUGCGGUAAGGACAACUUCAGAGCAGCCGGAGAAUUAGAACGCCACAAAACGACGCAGUGUAUCAUAGCAAAGACGAGUGAGGUGAUAAUAAGUGACUCGCUGAUUGAAACAGCAGUAACGACGACGACGACGUCCGAAAAUGAAAAUGAAGCCAAACAAGGCGAACGCGACGGCGAGAACGUCGGUAAAAUUAUCGUCGCCAACGCCAUCGCGAACAUAAUCUCGGAGGAAGGAGAAGCAAACGAAAAGCAGCAGCAAGAUGAUACGAGGGAAAUCCGAGAAGAAGCUUUUGUUGAAAGAUCGAGAGAAGAAAAUCUAUCGAGAGAAGAGGUCAAGAACGAAGAAUCGAUUGACGACGAAGAAGAACGCGGCAAAGAGGAAACAACUGUUUUUGUUGAUGUAAAUACCGCAGCAGAUGUUCCGCGCAAAGGUUGCCAGUCGUCGUCGCACAAAAGCGAAAAAAGAAGAGAGUUACCGCUCGCAGAGAUUUUGCACAUAGCAAAAGAUGGCUUUCCAUUCACGAAGCAUGCGUCGUCGGGUAAUAUAUCACCCCCAUCUGUCGUCAUUAGCGACAGUGUUCAUGAGAACACACUCAACACCAUCGAACCGGCAAAUCUGGAACAAGAAGAACGACGCAGAAAAGCGCCUGUUUCUCCUCUGGAUGAAAACAAAGAAGAUAAAAAAAAACGACUCGCGGGCCCGUCGAUGAAAGAGUCCGAUGAAAGAGUUCGAGAGAUGAAAGAGUGGAGGACGGAAAACGUGCACGCUCUGCAUCACGGAUACUAA